AUGGUCUUAAAUCCUGCCCCAGCUCCAGCCCCUGCCCCAGCCCCUGCCCCAGCCCCUGCCCCGGCCGCUGCCCCAGCCCCUGCCCCGGCCGCUGCCCCAGCACCUGCACCUGCAGAAGGGGACAAACCCGCUGAUGGGGCUGAAGGUGAAGAGCAGCCCCCUCCUCCACCUCCGCCGGUUGUGUACAGCAGGUAUGCAGAUGAGACACUCCGGGAAGUUGUCAAACGGCUAAGAGACCGGACAAAUACCUACAAAGAGAUUGCCAUUGACCCCUAUGCUACCACACCUGAAAUUAGCCCCCCUAUCACCCCGGUCUUGAGGAAACCAGACUACCUGAGGAAGAAGGAGGCAGAGAGGAUAAAAGCAGAGGACGAUGCAAUAAAAAAAGCAGAAGCAGACGCGAUAAAGGCAGUAGAGAUGGCAAAGAAAAAGGAGGAGAAAGCGAAGGCAGAUGCGGAGAAGAAGGAGGCAGAGUGGCUGAAGAAACAGGAGGAGGAGCAGGCAGCUAGAGAUGCAUCCAUUUGUCCCACGAUCAGCUUUUCCUUCAUUGACACUAUGCUCCAACCAGUUGAAGACGCCAUGGACUCAGUGCUUGGUAACACCAUAGAUCCAUUCACAGAUCGCAAGUAUAUUACUUGGAUAACACUUGUAAGUUUGGCAUUCAACUACAACGCUUGGUUUACACCGGUUCGUUUGGUCUUUCCCUUCCACACUCCAGUGUCCGUUCCUUUCUGGAUAUUUGCUGACAUUCUUGCAGACAGUGUCAAUGUCAUAGAUAUCGUCCUCUGGCAACCCCGACUGCAGUUUGUGAAAGGAGGAGACAUUAUUAAAGACCGGACUGUGACGAAGCUACAUUAUCGAGAGAUUUCGAGGUUUAACUUGGAUAUGAUCAGCAUCAUCCCAUUCGAACUGCUCGGUAUCCCGUUUGGAUUCUCUGCUUUAUACAGACUCAACCGUUUACUGAGGAUAGACAUGUUUUUCGAGUUCAGCGAUCGGCUUGAGAGUAUCAUGGCCAAGGCUUACAUCUGGAGAGUUGGUCGCACUACUGGCUACUUGCUGUACAUGCUCCAUCUCAAUGCCUGUUUCUACUAUGUGGCGUCAGUGUACCUUGGCAUCGGCACCUCCAAAUGGGUCUACGAUGGAGAUGGAACCGCGUACCUGCGUUGUUAUUACUUCGCUGUUCGUAGUCUGAUCAACAUUGGGGGUCUUCCUGAGCCUGGCACUGUGUUUGAGAUCUGUUUCCAGAUGACCAACUUCUUUACUGGUGUCUUUGUGUUCUCCAGUUUGAUUGGACAGAUGAGAGAUGUCAUCGGGGCUGCCACGCAGGGCCAGACAUAUUUCCGGGCCUCCAUGGACGGCUGUGUGGAAUACAUGAACACUUUCACCAUCCCCGACUUGGUGCAGAACAGAGUACGCACCUGGUACAACUACACCUGGGACGCCCAGGGAAUGCUGGACGAGUCUGUACUGCUGGAGCAGAUGCCUCUUGUAAUGAGAACAGCCAUUGGUGUGGAUGUAAACUUUGCCACCUUUGAUAAAAUUGCUCUUUUUCAGGGCUGUGAUAAGCAGAUGUUGGUAGACAUGUUGCUGAGGCUCAAAUCUAUUAUAUAUCUACCUGGGGACUUUGUGGUGAAGAAGGGUGACAUUGGUAAAGAGAUGUACAUCAUAAAGGGUGGAGAGGUGCAGGUGGUUGGUGGACCAGAUAACUCCAUUGUGUUUGUGACGCUGAAGGCCGGCUGUGUGUUUGGAGAAAUCAGUCUGCUACAGUCUGCCAAAGAUGGCGGGAACAGAAGGACUGCUAACGUAAAAGCUCAUGGCUUUGUAAACCUUUUUGUCCUGGAUAAGAAAGACCUGGUUGACAUCUUGGUCCACUACCCAAAUUCACAGAGAGUGCUGGCCAAGAAAGGAAGGAAACUGAUGAAGGCGAAGGGUCCGGCUGGUGCUAAGGGUGAGGUUGACAAGACGAAAGGAAUAGCGCUGUUUGGACCCAAACCCCCCACUCCUAAAAUGGCGCGCAUCUUUGGAGGCUUUGGCAAAGGAGGCUUCUUGGAGAAACUCAAGGCUGCACAAGCAAAGGAGCAGCAGCAGGGGAAGUAAAAGAGUGGAGGGUGAGACAUCUGAUCCUUUACUUGGAUCUGCCAUCUUUGUUUAUAUUCCUCUACUGCACUGGAGUGUAUUCAUUAGUACACACCGCAGCAAAACAUUUAGCAAUGUCUUAGAAAUAUUUUUGUUUUGAUUGAUCCCAGAACCAAAUAUUGCGUGCGUUGUUGACAAUUUAUUAUGCUUGGAUUAGUCAGUGAGUUCUGAUCUCUGUGCUUUUAGCAUUAUGAUGGAGAAUACCAGCAUGUUAAACUUUGUACACUGUAAAUAGUACUUUUCAUAAAACUAUUAAAAUGUUUACUACAACUACAGUGUCUUAUCUUAUUCAUUUCAGUUAACAUCAGAUAUUUUUUUCAGCUGAUCUGACUGGUCAAAAGACCAAUUAAUGAAAUUAAGAAUUGAGCUGCCUGUGUAAACGCAACCUUAGAAUCCUAUGGAAUCAAUGUAACAUUAAAAAAACAAGUUGAAGAAGCAAACUUUUUUUCCCACCUAAGAAAGAUGAGACACACAUUGUGGUAGAUAAACAACGUUUACUUGUGAUCAUCAUACAAUAUUAGAAAUAUGCUCGAUUCCUUAGGGGGAAAAACAGCUAUAAAUGGCACAAGGCACACGUAAGGCCAGAGAGGGUGUGGUAUAAGGCUACGGGCUGCUCUUAUGCACGACGCAACUAAUUAGAACAGUAAAAAGUACAUUUUUUGUCAUACCCAUGGUAUUCGGUCUGAUAUACCACUGCUUUAAGCUAAUCAGCAUUCAGGGCUCGAACCACCCAGGAUAUAAUAUAAUAUAGGACAUUGACAUAACUUGGAAGAGCAGAAAGAACCAUUUGAUUGUGUUACUUACUAUACUGUAGUAGUAUCUAUAAUAUAAGGCCCUCAAUUUAUAGGAACCCAUAAACAAAUUAUGAAUUACAAAAUAACUAAUACAGUUGAAAUUCCAGUUUAAACCUGAUCAAUUAUCAGUGGGGAAGGAGAAGUUAAAGUAAAUUGUUUAUCAAUAUUAACACAAAAUGUAUGCUGAAGCUGACAUUUACAUAAUGAAUAUGGUCAUAAUUGAAUUAAAUUAUUUAUGCUCAAAUGGAAUAGGAACUCUGCAAGCUAGUCCAUAAAGUGUCUCUGCAAGCAUAAUUGGCACAAGAGGAAGAAAAAUGAGCGCUCUAUAGCGACUCAAUACACAAACAUCAAGAAAUCAGCAUUAUUCUGGAGUGGAACGAUUAAUACACUAUGAAUGUCAUUCACUCAAAAGCUGCAUUCACAACACAAUAUCCAAUUUGCUAAACUGUCAGUUUAAAAACCAUCACUUAAAAAGAAGCAUGAAU